ACUGUUUCCUCUUUCUUCUUUUUCUUUUUCUGACACCUCUCUCUCUCUCACUCACUCACUCACACACACACAGAGAGAGUCAGAGAGAGACUGAUAGGCACGCGCGUACAAGCACAAGGCAAGGACAAAUAGAGCAUUUGGAUUGUGAUUCUACUGCAGACGACUAAGCAUAUAAUGGGCUAAUUCAAUUGAGGCAAACUAUUUUUCUUGGAUGAGUGUGGAGGUGGAGGGGUGGACUUGUUCUUCAAGUCUUUAGGGCAUCAAAAUAUCUUUUUUUCUGGGGAUUUUUCAGGAACUCACUCCAUUGUUGCUGAUAGGUGCAGUUUAUUGAUUGCUUUGAUUUGUACAGUGUUAUAAGGUGCCUCGGUAUGGAUUUGGUUGAAUCUUAGGGGGAGCUUUUGCAGCUAAGCAGAUGUUUUAAUGAAUUAUCAGACAGGAAAGUUAAAACGAUGGAUAGACUGGAUUUGAGAUUCAAUCACUCUGGAUCCGAGAAAUCAGAGGAGUCAGCCCUGGAUUUGGAGAGGAACUGUUGUAACCAUAUAAACCUGCCUUUGUCAAGUUCACCACCACUGCAAGCCUUUGCAUCAGGUUGUCAGCUCUCUGAGAGCAAUGCUGCCUACUUCUCAUGGCCUAGCCACUUGGAUGCAGCUGAGAACCGCGCCAAUUACUUUGGUAACCUUCAGAAGGGGGUUCUACCUGAAACCCUGGGGCGGCUUCCCACGGGACAGCAAGCCACGACAUUGCUUGAAGUUAUGACCAUUAGGGCAUUCCAUAGCAAAAACUUGCGCCGCUUUAGUCUUGGUACAGCAAUCGGAUUUCGUAUCCGGCGAGGUGCUUUGACAGACAUACCAGCUAUUCUUGUCUUUGUUGCCAGAAAAGUUCACAGGCAAUGGCUCAGUCUUGUCCAAUGUCUACCAGCUUUUCUCGAGGGACCUGGUGGUGUUUGGUGUGAUGUUGAUGUUGUGGAGUUCUCAUACUUUGGUGCACCGGCAGCAACUCCAAAGGAACAGCUAUAUACUGAACUUGUUGAUGGUUUGCGGGGAAGUGAUCCAUGCAUUGGUUCUGGUUCCCAGGUUGCUAGUCAGGAAACAUAUGGAACCUUGGGCGCAAUUGUUAAAAGUCGGACUGGAAACAGGCAGGUCGGUUUCCUUACUAAUCGUCAUGUUGCAGUUGACUUGGAUUUUCCAAGUCAGAAAAUGUUUCAUCCCCUGCCACCUAGCCUGGGGCCUGGGGUGUAUUUAGGUGCUGUGGAGAGGGCUACAUCCUUCAUUACUGAUGAUCUUUGGUAUGACAUAUUUGCUGGUACAAACCCAGAAACAUUUGUUCGAGCUGAUGGAGCAUUUAUUCCAUUUGCAGAAGAUUUCGACAUGUUGAAUGUAACGACAUCUGUGAAAGGAAUAGGAGAGAUAGGUGAUGUCAAUAAAAUAGACCUACAAUCUCCUGUUUGUAGCGUCAUUGGUAGGCAAGUGGUGAAAGUUGGAAGGAGCUCCGGUCUAACCACUGGGAACAUUAUGGCCUAUGCCCUGGAGUAUAAUGAUGAAAAAGGAAUUUGUUUCUUUACAGAUUUUCUAGUUGUUGGUGAGAACCAGCAGACUUUUGAUCUUGAAGGUGACAGUGGUAGCCUCAUUCUCUUGACUAGUCCAAAUGGGGAGAAGCCACGACCUAUUGGAAUAAUUUGGGGUGGGACUGCCAAUCGAGGUCGUUUAAAAUUGAAAGUUGGCCAACCUCCUGAGAAUUGGACUAGUGGGGUUGACUUGGGCCGUCUCCUUGAUCUUCUUGAACUCGAUCUCAUUACAUCCAAUGAGAGUCUUCAAGUUGCACUGCAAGAGCAAAGAAAUGCAUCAGCUGCGGGUAUUGGCUCUGCGGUUGGAGAGUCGUCACCAGCGGAGCGGAUACAAUUGAAAGAUAAUACUGAAGAGAUCUUUGAGCCAAUUAAUUUAAACAUCCGACAAGAUCCUGUUGAUGAUGAGUCCGACCAAGGAAUAACUCCACUACUUGGGCAUCAAGAGUUUCACAUUCGGGGUGGGAAUAAAGUAACUCCUAGAGUUGAGCAUCAGUUUAUCCCAGGUGUCUCGGGUACUUCACUAGUAUGCCAGAAGAUUCAACCUGGCAAUGGGGAAUUGAAAAGACUCUCGGUGAUAGGUGGGUCGGAUGAAGCGAUGUAUGUUUCUUUGCAGUUAGGGGAGCGUGAACAAAAGAGAAGGAAACAGUCUUGAGGUUCAGUUCGCCAUAUGAGCAGCCAAAAUAAAGGUGAAUCGCCUCAUUUUAUAUGCUUCAUUUGUCUUGGGGAGGCUCAGUUGCAAGUAUAUAUCGGUAGUGCCCACGCACUGAAUUGUGCGUACUUCGAAGUUUUUGAGCUCCUAGGAGAAAUUUAAGCCUCCCACCGAUAUGAGUAUUAUUCUUUUUCACUUUUAAUUCAUGAAGCUACAUCUAUAGGUUAGAUAUUAAGCUGUACAAUAUGUAAGAAAUGUGUUUAGAAGAGAACUGCAUCUGUUUUGUAUCUGGUUGUAUCAUUUCUGUGAAGCUGUCAUACAAAAUCUAUGAAGUGGAGGAAGCCCCAGAACUGUUCUAUGAUGAACUGCAUCGUAGUUUAGCCAUUUGUAUCCAUCUCUUUGCUCACAAUGAAAGAUCAGAGAAUGUGCAACUUUCCAGGGAACUAUUACAAAAAGGUAUUUUGAGUAGCUGCAAUUAUUCAGCAUGUAUAUGAAUCUCUGCUUCUCUAUUCCACAAAAGUAGUAUGAGUUUUGAGUUCAUUCGCGAAAGGCCCUUGUUCGUGUCGGUUUGGAUUGUUCACCAAAUUCAUGUUUAAAACUGUUCUUUAAAGGUCAUUAUUUUGAUUAGCAUAGCAACUUUCAGUGGCUUCAUUGCUGUGGUACAGAGGAAAAUGCCCUUGUAAAAUGUUUGCACUGUUAAGUUUGUAAGUGAAAUAUUUUCUAUAUUUUUUUAAUUGAAAUCAUUAGUAGUA